UUUCGGCGUUUCGCGGCAAGGCCGGCGUGGGGUCAAGGAUGGAGGACAUCAUCGUCUUCAACAGCCUCAUGUGCAUCGUGCUGCUCGUGCUCACGGUGAUCUUCUCGCUGCUGCCGCUCUUCGUCUCGGCGCAGACGCCAACGUCGUCGGGCUUGAACGGCCUCAUCCAGCACAAGCUGCCCUACCUCACGGCCGGCGUCUUCCUCAGCACGGGCAUGAUCCACUUGCUGCCGGACGCAGUGCACCACUACGCCAAGUACCUCGCCAUGGUCACGCCCAUUGGCGUCAAGCCGUCAGACUUUCCUACGAUCUACGUGCUCGCUUGCGUCGGCUGCAUGCUCAUUUGGGCCGUCGACUUGCUCAACCUUGGCGACUCUGGCAAAAUGAUGGCCGUCGCUGCUGCUGCCAAGCCCAACUACGAGACGAGCUUGUGCAAGAUCCACGUCCCCUCGAUCGCAUCCUACGGCGUCGAGCGCCGGUCGCGGGCGUACUCUGCGUCGUCCACGUACCAUCGGUCUCAUUCUCCGCGACAUUUUGCGAGUCCCUUGGGUGCGCAUGAAGGGCCGUCCUACGGGACCGGUAGCUGCUCGUGCGACAAGACGAUUCUAGAAACGUCGGCCCUCGUCAAGCACUCGAAGCAAGCGACGGACGUCGACGUGGUCUUGCGCGCCAACCAAAGUGCCGUCGAAGUGGCCGAAGAGCCCCACGGACGCUGCGGCGCCGACCCACACGUCCACGCGCAUGUCGAAGGCAGCAUUAGCGAGCACGUCGUCUUCUCUGGUGAAAGUGCGCUUUUGCCGUACCUCCUCGCCGCACUCUUUUCGCUGCACUCGCUCAUCGCUGGCUUCACGCUCGGCAUGAACUCGCAGCUGAGCCGCACGGCCAUUGCAACGGCCCUCGCCAUCGUCAGCCACAAGUUUAUCGAGGCGAUUGCCGUCGGCGCCAACUUUGCCAAGGUCAAAGAGAGCGUGAACGCAUCGCGAUCCAUCGCCGUGCUCGUCUUGUACAGCUUCAUGACGCCAUUGGGCAUCGUUCUCGGCAUGUUGCUCACGUCGCAGCUCCAAGGCGCGCCGGCGCAGUUGGCGCAGGCCAUCGCACUUGGCAUUGGCUCGGGCAGCUUCAUCUACCUCGCGUUCCACGAAAUGUCGGACGAGCAUGCGCAGGAAGCGACAUCGACGGUGCAAAAGCUCCUGCUCUUCGUCGCUGGCGCGGGCGUCAUGACGCUCCUGGCCACGGUCACGUAGACCGGUCUCCUUCCGACUCGUUGUAUAAGCUGAUAAAUAGGAUGACUAGACGACAACCCAUCGUCAUCC